AUGGCGGAGAGUGAGUCAGGAUCUGAGAGCAGUGAGGAGGAGAAUCUGCCCUCCUUCGCCUACCUGCUGCAGCCGUCCCCAUGCCUCGGCGAGCCCAGCCGCCCGCGGUCGCCAUCUCCUGAUCCUGAAGCGGCAGAGGUUGUCAAGAUGGUGAGCAGCGAGAGUGAAGAGGGGGAUGAGGAGAUGAUGGACGUUGUCCCUUUGAACGAGAGGAUCGAGAUGAGUGUGGGAGCGGAGCGUGAGCCUUUCAACCUGGGCGCUGGUGAUAAAGGAGAGGCAUCUGGGCUUUGUGCUAGUGGUGACCUGAUGGCUCCUGGGAGCGAAGGGCUUCGGGAAGACCUGAUGUCGUCUGGGGAAGCAGCUUGUGAUACUGAGAAUGGCACACGCGGUGUUGAGACAUCCUCCUGGUGCUCCUUGCCAGUCAACUCUGACAGGCCUAGUAGCCCUCCCGUAAGCAGAGAAAGGCCGGAAACAUCGCUCCCUCUCAAGAAGCGACAAUAUAGUCAGAAGGAACAGGAGGCAAUCUGCCAGAAUGCGUGGCAGAGAAAGAAGGAGCAAGAAGCAAAGAGGAGGGAGCAGGAGGAGGAGAAAGAGAGGAAGAGAGCCGUUGCCAAGAUGCUGAAAGCUCAGCGGCCAGGAGAAUGCCAGAAAUACAUAACAGUGGUGCUAGAUCCAGUCAUCUUACAGGUAGAAGGUGGCGAGCAGAUCCUUAGUGCUUUGCAGGCUGCCAAUUAUUCCUGUGUGUUUGAGAACCACGCUGUUCCCUGCAGCAUCACCUGGAGGAGAAAGACAGUGACAUCACAGAUGGGAGGAGGAGAUGAAUGGACAGAAGAACCAAAUGUUCUAGUUCUGCUUGGCUUGGAGGAGUUCUUGUCCAUGGCUCACAGCUACAAGCAAAAUGCUGAUGGCUGUGCAGAAAAGCAGAAGGAGACCCUGCAGAGCUAUGUAGUUCAUAUGAUGGAGAAAAUGCCUGGGAGAAUUCUGGCUUUGGCAGUGGUUGGAGUAGAAAAUUAUUUCAGGUCUCUCCAAGUUCAGCCAAAACAAAGGCUGCGACAGACAGCAGCGAGUGGGAAUCAAGAGAAACGGGGAAAAAGGAGAAAAAAAGAGGUUAAGGAUUCUGGCUUGGACUUAUCCAGAAUGGAUGUGAAAGAAGCCCUGGUGGAUCUGCAGCUGAGUACACAAGUCCAAAUCAGCAUUUUUGAGAGCAGUGAGGAGCUUGGGGAAUAUGCCACUAUGUUCACAAAAGCUGUGGCUGAGGCACCAUACAAGCGAGAGCGAGAGAACACAGGGUUCUCCUUCUACUUGGAGAAGGACUGUUGCAAAGGGGUGAAGGUGGAUCCUUCUGGAAAGGGCCUCUUGAAAGUAUGGAAGAGGCAGAUACAGCAAUUUAACCGUGUCAGCUCUGAGAUGGCUGAGGCUAUCGUGUCUGCCUACCCUUCUCCUCAGCUUCUGAUCCAGGCCUAUGAGAGAUGCUCCUCGGACCAGGAGCGGGAGAACAUGCUGGCCAAUAUCCCUGUGCACCGUGGGGAGGGGGUGACGGCCACCUCCCGGCGCAUCGGGCCGGAGCUGUCCCGACGCAUCUAUCUGCAGAUGACAUCCCACGAUCCCGACCUCUCUCUGGAUUUUACCGGGUAGCACAGGGAAAAAGGGGUUGUACUGUUUGUUCAGUUAAGUGUUCAGGUUUGCAUUUCACUGGGUAGCUCCAGGGAAUAAGGGUUUUUACCAUUUGUCUGGUCAAGUUUUCAGUUUUCUUCUGUGAAGAAGUGCUUAGAUAACACUCACUGAUCCUUGUUUAAAGACUUGAAACGCAUUUAGACUUUAUUGUAGAAGGAAAAAAGUUGGAUAAAGUUGCUGAAUAGCAAGAAUUUACACAAGAAAGGUGGUGAACAUCUUCCCUAAGCACACGAGUUGCACACAACUUAUAGUACUGAUGUUGCUUUAUUUGUCUUUCUAUGAAAUAAAUAAUUCUGAAGAAUAACCUUUGCUUCUUAACAUGGUGUCAUGAAUAUAGACAGGUAUGUCCUCUAUUGAAAGAAAUAAUUCCUGUUGCUCUCCUGAACUGCAAGGACUUACCUUCUCCCUCUUUUGGGACAAAUCCUGAAGCUAGAGCAACAUGGUGCUCCCCCCAGCACCUGCUCCAGUGAGGUGAAAGAAGUUUACCUCACAAAACAGCCUCUCGUUGUUCCGCUGCAGCAGAUGGGAAUGAGUAAGACUAAUUUUCAGAUAGAAGUUUAGAGUGCUCUGAUUCAGUCUCCAGACGGCUUAAUCUAGAGAAGGUCUUGAAAUCUGAUUAUAUGUGCUGGAAUUAUGAGGUCUAAACAGUUGGCAGAAAAAGCUUCCUUUUAAUUAGAUUGGGGACCACAGCCUGUCCGUGCAGCCAUCAGCACUUGUGUGCACACAAGGACAGUUGAGGGUUUUUGUAACAGCAUUGCUGAGUGCUCAGAGAAUUAAACUGCAUCCCAUGUGUGGAAGUUAACUCUUUGGAACCCUGCUGCCACCAGUGGAAAAAUCCCUACCUGCCCUGCUUGUUCCAGGCAUCCAGCUGGAGCCCUGACCUGACCAGAAGUGCUGUUGACCUGAAUCUAUAAAUGUGUAAACCCAUGCUCACCAACCUAUGCAACACUCAUCUGGAUGUUGGCAGGAAGGGCUGCAUGGAAGAAACAUUGCUUUAGAUGCUGUUUGUAAUUUUCAUUAACAUUUCUGGAUAGAGAGUAAGGACAUUUUAAAGAAUGGGAUGAGUUAGACACCCAAAGCAGAGCUUAAAGGUGUUUGAGGGAAGCUUUGAAAACAUGCACCCUCCUAAGGCAGAGGCAGCCCUUCCUUCCUUUAAUCUGAUACUUGUGCUGCUGAUCUCCUGUGUGAUAUUCAGGGAACCACAAUCUUAUCAUCAGCUUACAGAAAAAUGAAGGUUUACUGCUGUGAUGGUUUCCCCAUAGCACUGCUCCUGGCAGCAAUAAUCCCAGGUGUGACAAGAGGGAAGAUUCUGGAGACCAGUGUAGAAUGUCUCAGUGGAGUCUGUAGCACAGAUAUUCUCUGAAACUUGCACUUCAUUUUAAGUACUCACAAAGCCCUUAAGGGUAUGAAAAAAUUCUGCUUGAUGGAAGGAAAUUUUAAAAUUAAUUAUUUUAAAUAAUUUUAAAGGAAAUUCUAAAUAAAUCACAGACCAUUGCAGAGGUGAGUUUUCCUCUUGAGUGCAAACCACCAAACCUCCCAGCCUUUCCCCAGCCCCGAGACGUCCCCUUUCCUGCCAGCAGUGCUCCCACAGUG